AUGGCCUGUGCAGGGAGGCCGGAGAUACCCCGGAGCCGGAUGCUGCGAGUGGAAUACAAGGGACAGCCCUACGACUGGUUCAACCUGGAAGAUAUGGGCGCCUUGAUCCAGUCCGAAGAGUUCGCCAGCACCCUGAAAGAGAACAUCAACCACUACUUCGAAGUUGGCUUCGACGAUCAAGCGGUGUUUGAUGAGGAUGGUCUCUUGCUGGCGCCUGCCGACUUUCUGCGGUCCCUGCGGCAGCCGCGGCCCUACUUCAGGGUGUACAGUCUCCGGCAGAUGCCCCAAGAUUUGAAGGAGCAGACUGCUGAGAAGCUUUCGAAUCUGGCGCAGGAGGUGCAAAAGUUGCAGCAAGCUCUCAGCUCAGCGAGCGCCCCGAUUGGAACCUUGGCAGGCCAAAUGGGCGAAAGACAGCGCGCCGCCAUGCCAGCAGGUCCCAUGCUGGAUUCCGGAGCCUUGGAAGUUGCCAGCCUCGCGAGCAUUCGAAGUACACCACAAGGUACGUCAGGUAUGCUGUCGAUGCCCUCGGCUGAGCGCGAGGUGAAGGCGACCUUGGGGGCCAGUCCUCGCGCCAUAGGGAACUUCGCCAAAAAUUUGCUGCUUGCCCCAAGUGUGGCCAACCGUCACUUGAAUGCAGCGGCAGUAUAG